AUGCGGAGCAUAUUUCUUAUACUGUUGCCGCUUAUUGUUGCUAUUGAAGACCGGCCCACUAAUUAUGCUGCGCUUUUCAAUCAUUGGGGAUGGUCAGCUCUCAAUAACAACCGCGAUUUGGCAACCAGAAUGCUUGGUCUUGGUCUCGGCUCCAUAAACAAGGACAAGGACUGCUUUGAUGCAAUCGCAACACAAUCCGCAUUGCAGAUUGAGAAGAUCGCCGACGAAACAAAGCAGCUGUUUCCUUGGUGGACCACUCAUAUCGGCGUUCUGAAAGUUGCCACCACGGACUUCCACGCGAUCGUUUUCUGGUUUUCCGGUCCGGACGCUUCAGACGAUGAAAAGGCAAUAUUUGAACUACAGCGACAGCAACUGGUUGCUUUCGGGAUUAAACACUGUGGUCAUGAAGUGUCCGUCGGAGAACGGCUGCUGGAUGCAUUUAAUGUGAUCAAGGAGUAUGUUAGCGGCGUCCUGGUGAAAUUAAGUGUGGACCCGCGCAACAAUUUGGUGUUCCAAGGCCAUUCACUAGGCGGUUGCUUGGCUCAAAUGUUUUCUCUUUGGACUCAUGAGCAGAAUAUUUGGUGGCAUGGACGUGUAAGCACCAUCGGCUUCGGGCAGCCUCGCUGUGGCGAUGUGCAUUUCACCGAUGCUGUGAAAAAGGCAAACCGUGUGAUCGGACGAGUUUACCAGCCACCAGAUGCAUUUAUGAACUACCCGCAGGCAGCGCAUGUAACCUACAAAGAUGGUGUUCCCCAACCGGCAAUUGGCUUUCAUCACGCUGGUGACGUGGCGCUAAUGUCAGCGCUCAGUCGGGAAGUAGGUGCCAACAUACUUGGUCAACUCAUCCGAACAUUACCACAGAGCGCAAACAAAACCGGUUCCUACGCUCACCUCGAUGAAGUCUUUCUGAUCCACGCCAAGAAGAUGGUGGACGGUCGUCAACGAUCACGGUUUGGUGGCUUCGAAGACGACCCUCUGGCUCAGCUCAAA